UUCUCAAUUCAAUUCAAUUUUCAAAUUCAUUUUUAAUUAUAUAUUCCUCUGUAUUCUUUGCAUUUGUUAUCCUAAUACCUACUCUAUAAUACUCUAAUAUGCCCGCGAUAUUCUUGGGCCAACAUUACCUGUUGCAGGAGGUGGCGCUCGGACAUCUAGCAGCCAGCAGUAGCAGCAGCAGCGGCGGCAUCAGCAGUAUGCCCUUUACCAGAGCGAGCUUUCUUAGACCCACAGUGUACAUCUCUUUACUCUGUGUGUGGUCUAUAUUUCUAGUGCUCAAGGGUGCAGCGCGCAGACAGAGUUCUGUGGCCCCUGGGAAUUGCAAUGAAAUGGUUACUGAUGUUGUAGAAACUAUCUAUACCCCGUUGAUACAGCACCGUCGACAGAAUCUGCAGCGGGAAUGCCAGUAUCAGCAGCAACUGGAGCAGCAUGACGAUGAACCAAUGACACAGCCAAUGGAACAGGUACAGGAAUUUGUUUCCAUCGAGUUGACAGCCGAUAUUACAGAAAUGGGCCUUGAAAGGUAUUUUUUUUUGCAAAUCUAUUUUGACUACGUUGCGCUGGAUCUGCCUUGGCAACCAAUACCAGCGGCAUCCGACGAAACCAACGAGGCUAAUAACAUACUACAAGACCAAGAAUCCUUCGUCACCACUACCGCCAUCAGCUAUACCAACAGCAGCAAUAGAGACUGUAUUGAUCCAGCAAGUAGCUCCUCGUAUCAGGACAAGUCAGUUUUAGUUUCAGCAAGCAUGGGUGCAGUAGAAUCACUCCCUUCCGUCUCGCACCACGACCGGGACCUGGCGACUAUAGAGUCGAUUGGCGACAUUAAGAGAUCGAAGAGCGCAUCGGUGUGUCUGUCGGAAUGCGAAAAGCAAGAGACCGGUGGCGGUGAGAUUAGAUCAGAGAAAUUGCAUGUUAUGCGUAGGGCCGGGGCGCGCAGUCUUUUGCGCGCGUCUCUUAGACGGUAUGGGCAGAUGGCACCUGGCUGGGCGCGCGGCAGGGGAAACAAGAGCGCGAGCAACGCGGAGCAGAUACUUAUCGUCGGGAUGGCAGUAGCAGUGUCGCCCAAGCGCAUGCCCUCGGCUGAGGAUAUUGGUGCUAUCACCAGGACUAUUGAGCGCCGCUUUAUGGCAGCCGGUGGUCUGACUGUGGGCUCUGGGGAGAGCGACAUGGUGCAUGGAUCAGCCGCUCAGCUGUCUGCGUCUAUGCCGCACUUGCCCUCGCGCUUUGGCAUUCUCAAAGAAACACCAGUACCCUCUUAUGCCGCCGAGGAGGCCAAUGCUGCUGACAACGGCGCUAUUAAGGACGAUGCCGGUGUCAAGGAGGCCAUGCCAGUAACUCCAGAGAUGAGCUUGGCCGAGCAGAUGUCUCCCAGUACCAAUGUAUCUUCGUUGCUGCUUAUGUUUCCCAUCGACUUCACGUCUUCAAAUGGUAUUGGGCCCGACCAGAGGACUCUAUUUGUCGGACAAACAGCUGCUGACGCCGCCAACAGAUACGGGAUUACUGAAAUUCGUCAGCGCCUGGCCCGGCGGCUGUCACGCAACGGCCGCCAUAACCGUCGUCGCAGCAGCAUCGGUGGAGGUGUCAGCUCUGCUGCCAGCCCUGCCACCACGCCAACCUCUGUCAUUGCCUCUGAGGGCGCCAGGAGUAGUGGCAGCGUGCAGCAGCGCAAGCGCAUUUUUAUGGGCGACCGACCGGCUUCGCUGAUCACCGAGGACUCGCAAAUUCCCGCAGAUGAGGCGCGCGCCGACUCGUAUUUGAUGGCGGCCCAGUCGAUCGAGACCGUCACGACAGGCAUCGACAGCUGUAGCAGCUACACUGUCGACAGCGACGAGCUUUCGCGAGGGCUCGAAAUGCUGACCAUCGAUAAUUGCGUGGGUGGCGACGACAGCAAUAGCAGCAUUGGCAGAAGCAACCGGCUGCUUUCAGAGUCGAUUGACUUUUUGCUCGAGCAGAGGCUUUAUCCAACUAGCUCUGCCGCAAAUACAGCCAACGUGGCGCUAGCCGAUGAGGUUGAAAUUCCAAAUGUCAUUGUUGAUGUGGUUGUAGACGACGGCUCGGCCGAUGUGUUGGCCUCAUCGCCCCCCAGCGCGCUGUCAUCUGCAGCGUCUUCAAUCUCGUCAGGCGCGUCCUCGUCGACUUUGUCGGAAGGCGAGCGCAUUCCAAGCGAUACUAUCGACACGAAGGACAGCCAGAGGGGCAGCACGAAUUGCACCGCGCUCAACGAUGUAGAUAGCGGCGAUGAGAUGGCCGACCAUGCUGACGUGUUUGACUACGAAGACUACAUGUACCUGAGCGCGUGCGGCGGCAGCGACGACCAGGACCAGCAGAUAGCAGUCAGCGGGUGUGUAAUGGGAGACGAGAAUGCCGAACCUGCGGCCACUGUGUCCGAUGCCAGCGUUUGUCGCGGCGAAGUUCGCAGUGCAAACAUGCAAUACAUGCCAAAGCUGAGCAAAGUGUUUUUGGAGGCCAGCCGGAACAUGGCCAGGGAUGCCACAGUGCCAAACAGAGGGUACAUGUGUGGCCAGUGCACCGCAGCCGGAAGCCUGUCGCACAGCAUGGGCUCGUUGGUGACUCUUGGAGAUUGGUUCUCUUCAAAGUCAGAGUCUGGAUAUACGAGCUUGGCGAGCCAGGGCAACGGUUACAGCAUUUUGGACUACUGGGACAUUCUCAGUCGGUGUCCCAUGCGGCCGACCUCGUCGCUCGCGUUGUCCUCUCUCAGAGCAAUGGCCAAGGCGUCGAUGGCGUUCUCAGAAUCUGGCGUGCACAGCCAGCGCUUCAGCAAUAGUGUAGGGAAGCCGAUCAGCCGCCAUAACAGCCGGCGGGGUGGAGGAGUCAGCGACUCGAGCGAAAGCGAAAGCGACUCGAGUAACGAAGACCUUGAGUACAGCGAUGACGAUGAUGACAGGGAGCAGGCAAUACUGCAUGGGUUUAUGACAUCGUCUUCGUCAGCGGCGCAGCUGCGCCAGCGGGGCCAUAUGCAAGGUGGCAGCCAUAAUCAGCAGCGCGGCAACAGCAAUGGCAGCAAUGGCAAGCAGAGGCAGAAACGUGUGCUGAGCGAGCCAAUGCAGUACAUUCUGUACAAUUCGUACCUCCGCUACUACGGCCGUCCCGGCGAAUCCUAAUUGAAGAUAUACUGCGAGGUUUUCAGUUUUCGUAUAUCAUUAUCAUUUAGAGUAUGUUUUAUUUUUCGUCUUGUACUAAAGCUUU